UCCUCUGUUCGUGCUCGCGACGUCAGUGAGCGCGGCUGCUGCAGAUGGGCGAGAGAGAAUCCGACUGUAGGCGAUCAAUAGAGGGCCCAGUGUCCGGGCCACGUGCGCCAAAAGCGACAGUGGUGGGGUCCGCGGAGGGGGCCCACCCUUCCACCAUCGUGCUCCUAGGGAGAACUCGGUGCCCACUUCCCCAGGCGGGUGGUGCAACGAUGAUCCGGGGUGCGGGGGAACGCGUAGCGAGGGUGAGCCUGGCAGGCGGAGCAGAGGGGGAGGGGUGUUGUUGCCAAACCGUGCGGCGACCGACCCCGGACUGCAGCAGUUGGGCGUCCCCUACGCUGGUGUGCUGUUCGCGAUGAACGUUGCUGCUGCUUCACCGGCCGCCGUGGCCAUUCGGAAUAUUGCUGCCUUUGUUGGACUGCUUGGCUUCGCUGCUCGGUUUGCCGUUUCAGCUCGGCGCCUCUCCGCCAUUUUCUGUUCGUGACGAACGUGUUUUGGAGUCGCUGCUGCGCACGACGAGGUGACGGUCCCGUUGUGGUGGCAGGAGCCGCGUCCACGCGGCGCCCCGCUCAGCAUUCCCUGUGGAUUACACCAAGACGGAAGAGGACAACGUUGCUUCACAGCGGAUAGUGUGCGCGGAUGCAAGUGUGCGUGUGUUUUGUGCCAUGGUGUGUGAAGCGCGGCCAUGUGAUUGAGCGUGACCUGCGUGACGCGGAGGCGGCUGCUGCCUGUGACCGCCCCGUCGUGUUUGUGCUUCCCUGCAGUACCCUAUUCCAAGAGGAUAGUGAAGUACCCUGUUCCAAGAGGAUCAUGAAGUGUGAUGUGUGAUCAGUGGUGCACCUUUGCAAUCUUCACACCUUUCGGAUACAUAAAUAAGCUGGCGUCGCACCUUCUGGCGCGAGGUCAGCUGUAAAUAGGUGCUCUGGUAAGUUCAGGAGGCAUAAUGUACGGGAAAACUAAAUGUGGGUGCGCGCGGACGUAACCGGAAGAGCACGAGCCUGUGCUGCGGAGAGCAGUGCUUUCGGUGGCCGUCGUUCUUCAACGGUCGCUGUUGCGGUCGCCGCACCUUCACACUUGGCCCACACUUAUACCCAUGCCAACAAAUACAUUUGGCGGUGUAGUAAGAAAAAGGUAAGAUAGCCGUCGAAAGGCGUAAUGGCAGUGCAAUAACCCUUAUAUUUGACACGUAGCGACAUCUCGUCGCGCGUUCAGCAACGUAUAUUCCGGAUCUUGUUUGUUGCUCAGCGUCCAGUUCCAUGCUCUUGGAGGCAAUCCGCUGUCUGUUCGUUUCUGGCUUUGACCACGGCUCGUCACAGCUGUCGUAUUCGUCCGACCUUUGGUUACUUCAUUCGAACCGCGGCUGCGCGCGGUAAGGCGAAGCGAUCGCACGGCGACCGUUUGGCUUUGCCGUUCGCUCAUCUGCAGCUUCUCUGCUUCUGUAAUACUCGGCACUUAUUCAUGUGUAUGCAUUUUUUUUUUAACCGUUGUUGAACGAAAUGUUUGGCGUGCGCUCUCAGUAUACAGAUCAUGCGGUGUGCUAUUCUUGGCGGAGUGUGCUCCUAGCGUUAAUUUCAUUUUAAAAAUAAAAAGAGAGAAAGAACUGCGGGAAGUUUGCACUAAGUCGCGCAAAGCUUGGCACGGUGAAGCUGGUCGUUCCUCAAGUCUUCUGGCUAACGCCGGUUACUUUCUUUCUAUCUUGUUUUCUCUCUCGUUAGGUAUUUCUCUCUUUUUCUUUGAUUCUCUGCUUUUCUGUGGUUACUUUCUGUCUUUCUAUCUCUCUUUCGUUCUUUCUCUCUUUCUUUGAUUCUCUUGUACGUCUUUCUCUCCUUCAAAGAGAGAAAGAAAGAGUCUGUUUUUCUUCCCUUUCUUUCUGUCGAUUUCGCUCUUUAUCUAUCUUUUUAUGCUAUAUGUUUCUUUAUUUCUUUGAUUCUCUGUCUUUCUCCCUUUCUCCCUUUCUCUUUCCUUCUUUCUAUCUAUUAGUUCAUUUGCCUUCUUAAUUUUUAGUGGACCAGCAGUGAGUAGUGGGAUUUGCCCAAUUUCUGUGGCACAUAACCGUUCACGAUGACGAUAGUUCUUUGUGGUCAUCCCGUUUACCUCGAGCUUUAACAGCUUCGAUGUUUAAAAAGUCGAUUGGGCAAGUUGGAAAAGACGUUCAAGCACUCAAGAAAUUGCGAGGCGCUCGAUGUCAGCUGUCAGUGGGGUUGUGUCGGCUCUUAGCAGUGCGUCACUGCUUGGCGUCAAAAAACACCAGCGAGAAAAUGUAUGGAUGCCGUUUUCCGCUGUCGGGCUUUGUGAGCAUUACUGAGACGGGGGAGAGAAAACUGGAAUGAGGGGGUAUAGGCGAAAGCCGCGACUCGGACCUGCCUGCGUGAUUUGCUAUUAAUAGAACAGUUGCGCACGGCGACCUAAAGUACGGCAUGCAUGUUUGUGUGCGUACAGAAAGACUGGGGCGAUGCAUUGAAAGACGCUUCUCUCAGUUACAACAGGCCGCCUGUAAUGACAGCUGCCAUUUUGUAAAGAAUGUUUCCCGACUUGACUUCUGACAUAUUGCUCGCGAAAAGAAAACGAAGAAAAGGAAAGCGCAUCUGUGGAGGAGACGGAUAACGUAAACAAAAUGUAACAAUAGGACGGCCGGCGCGAGCGGAUCAGGUUAAAUACAUUUGCGUUAUGUGCAUGCUUGUGCGUACUGUUAUUACAGUAUGCACAGGAAUGUGCAACGCCUGGGUGUGCUGUAACGACGGGUGCGUGGGGAACGUUGAUCUGCUCGGCCACCCGACGCUUGGCUGGCGCUUUUUUCAGCAGUGGGCCGGCGGCGAGCGCGCUCUCACUUCGCGUUGUUGUUCGUAUCUGUAAAGCGCGCGCAUAUGGUUUUUUUUUUUUUUUCCUAUGUGUAUCAGCGUGAAUUAUAGGACGAUGAACUGAUGUGCCCCCAAUUAUUCUCUUCUUGUUUCGUGAAACCCCUGCUUUCGAUACAUGAUUGCGCACGAACGCCUCACCUAGAAUAUAUCAGACGACGAGCAGUGACAUUGUAGUUUUAUGCGUGAGUUAACAAAAAUUCUGGAGUUUUGCGUCGUGCCAAAGCAUCGAUGUGAAUACCAAGUUUCCUUCAUAUUUGGGGGCCCCAAGGUUAAUUUUGACCUCCUUCGGUGCCUUCACGAGCACGGGCGCGUUACUUUUAUUAUUAUUAUUAUUAUUAUUAUUAUUAUUAUUAUUAUUAUUAUUAUUAUUAUUAUUAUUAUUAUUAUGUGGGGAGGUGCCCCCGCCCCCUUCGCACCGUUUUUAUCGCCCUACUCCUUAGCACGAGAUUGAGUAGCAAGCAUACAGCAUAUCUUUACGUUGUACGUCCGAUGAACUGUCGUCUCGCCUGUGCGAACAGGACAAAUGACCUUGAAAUUUCAACCUUUUGUUUUACUUGCCUCUAAUAAGUAUAAUAAACAGCCUUUCCUCAAAAGUGUUCCCCCUCUAUUGAACAUCCCCGAGAGAGGCUAUUUGUAUUAAAAAUAUUGAUAAUAAAGAGGCGAGCAAAUGCGUGCACCUGCUGUCUUUUCCUCGCACAGUAUAAGGCUAAACGUUACUACAAGACGCAUUCAGUGCUACCUUUCCUGAGGAAUAAUUAAUAAAUGUGGUGCUUCCGUUGCGCUGUAAUCCGCAGUAUACCGCCACACGUGCCAUUUAAUGCUGCAUUGCCCGAUUCACCUUGAGAUCGCACCACAUUUGAAAGGUCUUCCAUCGAGCGGCCCCGUCCACCUUGGCCGGCUCUCAGGGCCGCUAUUUUGUGGCCAUGCAUUUUCCGAUGCUAAUGCCUUUUCGCGCUUGACCGUAGUGGUCAGGGCGCCGGCCCGAGCACGUUAUCGACUGGAUCAGGCGACCGUGAGCGGUGGAUGAUAAGACCAGAAUCGAGCAUAACGCAUCGCUGCAAAAUGUCGUAUGUACUGGCUGCCGCGAACCUAUAAUGCUCCAAUUUGUUUUUAAAAAAAGUGCGUCGUUGUAAUUUUUUUUUUCGUUUCAACAUUUGUCAAUGUAAACCGAAAGGAAACGUCUUUCUCAUUAAGAAGACAAAGUUGUUUGCAUCUUUUUUUUUUUAUGUCCUUUUUCUCUGAAACAGAGCGGGAUCGAUAUUUUCAGCGAUGUUUUCGGGAUUUUAUCGAACAAGAUCCAGAAUGCUUUCAUUUUCUGCUGUCGGUGAGAUAAAAACUUCCGCUCGUGGACACUGUAAGCCCCGUCUCUCUCUAUCGGCGCCCAGCUUCGAAGUUUCUAUUGUCCUGAGGACCUUUAGCGCUUCCGCUAGCUGCCAUUUCUUACGAUCACCACGCUCUCUACUUUGCCGGUAUACGAACGCUGCAGUCUUUAUUAAAACUUUUGAAGGCUCACUGCGCGUGUGAGAAAGUAAACAAGUCUCACUUCGUUCGUCCUCUUACCGAUGCGGCUACACCCCCACCCCCCCUUGCUUCCCUAAUUUCUCUCUGCCUGCUUUCUAGUAUAUCAGUUAUGAUAUACUAUAGGCCAUAAAACGCACUGAGGAAGCACACGCGCUCAAUUAUAUAUAGCGCUGACGUAUCGCGUUGCGAUAGUCGACGAAUUCCAUAGACAUCCGGCGCGAGUUAAAAAUGACCGUUUUUCACUGUAUACUGCACAACCGCAUUUUCUGGCCGCGUGAAUACACCGGAGCAAAAAAGUAAAAGACAGACGCGAUAGACACGUCACUGCGCGCUUGGCUCGUGAACGUGAAAGCGUAGCGCUAUAUAGGCCGAUACCUGCAGCCCUCGCGCUUACUGCUUAUCCUGUACUCGCAUUGCUUGUUUCGAGAGAGAAAACACAGUGGGACGACGGAAAAAUACUGUGAAGCAACAAUUGUUAGCUUACACAGAUGUUAGCUUACAAUAGAUUGUUUCAAGCCUAGCACGGACGUUUUCGGUUAUGCACACGCGCGCGCAGUCACAGUUGGACAUUCAUGUUCUUACCACGGGCACUUACACAAACAGCUAUCUGAGAAAUAAUUGAUCGGCGCGUUUUGGCCAUUGCUUCCAUUGAAGAACAAUUUAACGUGCGCGCACGCAUACAUGCGCAGAGACAGAAAAAAAAUAAAACAUAAAAAUGCGUAUGGAGAGAGACCGAGAUUAUGUAGAGCCGUUCUGUUUCGAUGCUAUGUUUCUCUCUUUUCUCUCUUUCUUUCUCUCUCUCUCUCUCUCUCUAUCGUUUAUAUUACCGGGAUCGGUCAGUUCUUCGUUCUAAUGUAAGUAACAAUUAGACAGUGCGCCUGCGUACAUUUCUUGUGCAGACGUGUACUGUGUGGGCUAUGUCAGGCACUUUCCCGCCUUUUUUUUUUUUUCGUAUCUUCUUUGUAAUAGUAGCCUGGAUGUAAUGAAAUGCGUAUAACUAGACAGCCAAUGCGAGGAGGGUCGAGGUCAGCAUUAUGGUCGUGCGGUAGGCAACCCCGCACUGGUGGUUACAGAGACUUGCACUACCGUGAUCGAAGGAGCUCAGCAGUUACGAAGUCCGCCGCGGUGGUACAGGGUGCUUGGCUGCUAAACCGAACGGCGCGGGCUGAACACGGGCCGCGGUGGUCGCAUUUCGAUGGCGGCGAAAUGCUAGAGGUACGUGCACUGUGCGAUGUCAGUGCACGUUAAAGAACCGCAGGUGGCCAAAUCAUAAGCCUUCUGCUGCGGCGUCUCUCAUAGCCUGAGUCGCUUGGGGACGUUAAAACCAUAAAGCAACCAUCAGUGCGAAAAGAAAGAAAGAAAGAAAGAAAGAAAGAAAGAAAGAAAGAAAGAAAGAAAGAAAGAAAGAAAGAAAGAAAGAAAGAAAGAAAGUUACUCGUGCGCGCACGUUCGUCAUGACAUUUGAAAAUUAAAAAAAUCGUUUCCAAGUGCACACAAUGUUCGUGCCUUUCCCGGAUUCCUGAUAUCAAAAGCUCGUUUCAGCAGGAAAUAUGUUUCCUGCUUAAAGGGCCUCUAAAAAGCCUUUGAAAAUGCAAACAACGAGCGCGUUAUUCUCUCCUGCAGCGUUUCUCGUGUUUCUGGCGCACUUCGUGACGCAAGAACAGUGAUUCACGUGACGUUAUUACGGUACAUACUCUCGAUGGUCCAUAUACGUGAAAUAUCAGUUAUGAAUUGUCUCCUACACUGCUUUGCCAUGCAGCCGCGCACCCGUUCACUCUUAAAAAAAAGUUCGUAAAAAGGUAGUAACUGGAAGGAAAAUGUUAGUAACAGCCACUGUUACUAACUCUCUGAGACAGUUACUAACCAUUUACAAACUCGAAAGCAACAGGCGUGUUGUUACUACCCAAACAGCCAAGUUACUAACUCGAGUUAGUAACAAAAAGCUACUUUGCUUAUAACCCUUCACAGUGCUGCAAAAACAUGCAUUCACUCACUGAGUGAAAGUUUUUAAUAUAUUUUAAUAUAUUUUCUCAAACCCUUCUCGUAUUCACUUUUUUUGAUCAUGGCUUGAAGACAUAUAAUUUGUACGGCCAACAUUUUUAGAGGAAUUGAUAUUUGAGUCUGAUUGCAUGUCGCCCGAAAUUUUAUGCUGUCGUGCACUCUUAAAAAAAAGUUAGGGAAAAGCUUGUAACCACGAGCAAAUAGUAACAACUGCUGUUCCUAGCUUUCUUGGACCAUUACUAACGUUUUGCUACCUUUUUACUACCUACGUUAGCAGGCACUUAAAAGUUGCAACGGUUACUACCUCUUGCGUACCGUUACUAACUUUUUGCGAUGCACCUGUUAAAUGAACUUGUUAAACGAAUCAUAGAAGUUAUUAUUACGAGCUCUUUACAACCUAUUCACUAGCACGGGGAUCCAUGCAAGAUCAUUGAGACGAUAUUAGUAAGCUGAGUACCCCGUGUUUGGGUCUUGUAUAUUAGGCAAUGUUGAGGUGAUAUUACCCAAAAUAUACAUAACAUAUUGAUUGUCUUAAUAUACUUGAUUAAAAGUCCUACGCUACGUUACCUCGUGCACCUAAUAAAAUUGUACGCUAUAUAAAUAUAGUUGCGUAACUUUAACUAUUUCUCCUAAAGCCUAGCUGCUCACCGGCACCAGCUGCGUACCCCAGAGCUAGGGCUAUAUAUACUCCUGGAACCGCUUAUGAAUUAUACGUGCCGUGUAGCCUUGUCGUUGUGUAUGUGUGCUGUUCUGAUUCAUGACGUACUGUGCAUAAUUACCUAAUGAUAUACUGCAAUGUUGAUGCUCGCGAAUUUGACCGUUAUAAAAACAAGGGACUCGUGAUGCGAAAUGAUCACGGUUACUAAUUUUUUUUGGUAGUAACCGUUACUACCUAUUUUGCUAGGUAGCAACGAGAAGGGUAGUAACAGCUACAAGUGCGUUUGUAACGGCGAGGGUAGUAACGGUUACUAACCUCCCUGUUACUAACCGCACUUACUAACAGGGUAGUAACAUAUGUGACAAGUAGUUAGUAAACCGAAGUUAGUAAGUACUACAACCUUUUUUUUAAGAGUGUUCUUCUUUGUCGUGCAUGACUAUCGUGCGCGAUCGACUGUUCUCGCUUUAUUUUGUGUGUUUUCGACUGCGCAAGCGGAGAUAACAGCGUGUGUAACCGACAAGCGCGAAAUCCCGAUAGGCUCCGCGCUUCGUACUGGCAUUGUGCACCCGCCUUUUAAGAAAUAAGUGGCGAGGAGGAGAUGUCGCCCGUAGGAAGGGCAGUGAAGGCGAAGCUCCCUCGUCUUGUAACUCUAAAGGAAUGGUUAGGAGCCCUUCUGCUGAAUGACUGAACCGACUCAUUCAUGCGAAUUUGCCUUUUAAAGGUUAAGAAUUCCUGCGCGUGCACUGAAUGUGAGCGUCUCCGACUUGAUAAAUAUCAGUGGCUGAGCGAGCGAUGACAGUCUAUCUGCACCUCAACAGCCCGGCGUAACGUGACCCUAUAGUAGAAACGUCACGUGUGACGUUUUUAUUAGAGCGGCACGUCGCUGUCGAGACUGAUUCUGGCAGUAGUGAUGCUGGCAAAAUAGUGAGAGCCACGAAGCGGCACGGCGUAGGUUACUGGCCCCCCAGCCACACGAGCCAGCCACUUGCACUGUCAAAACAGCGACACUUAUGCAACGCCAGGCAGAACGUUGCCUUUUCAUUGCAGUUGUACGGCGGUAAUACGACGUCACCCGUGACGUUUCUGCUCAGGUCACGUGACCACGAGUUGAGGCGCAAUGGGCGCAAGUAUACACUCCCGAGAGAGAGCCCCCCCCCCCUUUUUUCGUCGCCAAAAUUUCUUAUCUGUAUUGUAAUUCUUUCUGAUUGAUGCAAGAAUAAAUUAUGAGCCGGCGCCCAAUUUAUACCUUAUUAAUCGUACGUAGGCCCACCGCCAAUGUGUAGGGUAUCGCUUUACAAAGGCACCUCUAGGGGGGAAAAAAAAUCAGGAGAGAGGAAAGGCAGGGAUGGUAACCAGUUCAGAAUAAACGGUAUGCUACCCUGCACAGGGGAAGGGAUGGGGGAGUUUGUGUGAAAUAGGUAUCACUGGUGGCCGUACAAUCACGGUGCCUCCAGCAGUCGACGUUGACUUCAGAUAAUGUGAUAAAAGUUCUAAGAAGCCUCUUGACGACACACCUGAUGCAUCCUUAAAGUCAAUCCACCCAAAGCUUUUGAUACUGUCACUAAUACAUGUCCGCACUUGAUCAUGAGACAGCGAAUCGACGGCACGCAUAACAGUGACAGACAUUUAUUUUCAAUGCUCUGCUGUCGUGCAUGACCGCAACGAACUUACCACAAGAGCAGAAUUAUGCUCUCAACUAAUUCCUAAACCUCAAAAAAGUAUUCCUGCUCAUUAAAUUCCUUUUUUUUAAUCUAAUUUAGUUUACCAGUUUUCGGCAUUACCAGCUUCGGCGCACGCGCGCACACACACACACACACACACACACACACACGCACGCACGCGCGCACACACACACACACACACACACACACACACACACACACACACACACACACACACACAAUAAUGACGAAGCAUUAUUUUAUGGCACUUGCAUGAUACCGCACCUACCAAUUGUUGCAGCUCAAGGAGGGGGUGAAUUGCAAAACCGCUCGUGUACUCUCAGGUUUAGGAGUACGUUAAGGGACCCACCCCGGCCGAUCAAGAUUAAUCCGAUGUUCCGCGCUCUACGGCGUGCCUCGUAAGCAUUUGGUGGUUUAUCGUAUGAUUUAACUCAACGUGACAUGUGCAUGAUCGCCCGACGCUUCGAUUAAAUGGCAUUGUACUUCGUCUAUACCGAGCCGUACAUGCAUGUCGAUACUGUUCACGCGCGCAGCAGUUUUUCUAACAAAACAACCACUGAUAGUGCUCUCGGCUGCGCUCCUUUGUGCUGCUUAAAAAUUGCACACAUAAGGCUCGCGUGAAGGCGUGAGAGCUCACUCAACUUCAUUUGCACACUGUUAGUUUUGGCGCCAUUUCAGCGUCUUAGAAUAUCUUAGAAUGUCAGCCAGACACAUGCCUUUCAAAGAUGUUUACAUUUACUAAAUGUGCCAAGUGUCGCAAAUCGCGUCAAGGAUCCGUCGCGUAGAGAUUUCUGCAAGCACUGUAUUCGAAAUCGGGUGACGCAGUACUGCAACGCGGGCACUGCGGCAUUGCAUGCUGUAAUAUAUGCGAUAGGUGGUCGUCCCGGACGGGCCAGGACUGCUGGAAAAGCUGCGGAUAUACGCCAAUGGUUCGGGCAGUCCAGGACCUCAAAUCAUGCCCUCUCCUGGUAUACCAAGCUCGUAAUGCGCUUCCUUGUGCCACGCGCCUUGUAGAUAAUCGCCUGCCGCGCAGCUCGCCGUCCGCGAUACGCAACAAGGUCACGCUGUAUAAAUUUCGUCAUGGUGUGAGCGUUCUCCCGCAACGUUUCCUCUUGCGCAACCGGCAAGGACUCGCGCGAUAAAAGACUCGCGAACCCCUUCGUCACAUUGUACAGCUGGGCAUGGCCGACUCAGCCGAGACACAAGCUGUACGCGAUCGGGAAAUUUGGGCGCGAACAGUUGUUCUAUUGCAGCUAUAAAAGUUCAUUGGCAUUUGUCUAUUCUUCUUUCCGGCUAAUCUCGCAAGGAUAAUUGAUGAACGCUCACAGCUGCUUGCCGAUGAUCCUGAAAAUCUGUAUAUUCUGCCUUUUGUGUUGACUGCUGCCGCCGCGCCCUUUUUAAAUGGACAUAUUAUCUGUGUCACUACUGCAACGCGACUGGCAGCGCUAUUGCUUCCUGUGCGAACAUACGUGAAAAAUAAUGGCUUUGGCUGCGUUCAUGUGAACUGCACGCCGCAUUAGACGAGCAUUAUUAUUAUUAUUAUUAUUAUUAUUAUUAUUAUUAUUAUUAUUAUUAUUAUUAUUAUUACAAUCGAAUCAAUUACUGUAGUAACCGUACUUCACACUUUUGCUGUGAUUUUCGUGCUAAAAUGAUUUUGGAAAUGGGAAGUACACUAGAAAUUGCAUUAGUAAGUAAAAUUGUAUUAAUAAUUAAUAUAAAUUGUAUUAUUUCUAAUAAUAUAUUAAUAGCAGUCUACAUCAAGAACGUAGCAGAUUAUCAUGCCCGAAGCGCCGGCUCCUCGUAGCGUAUACAGAGCGACGACAUGUGUUCGCGCGCAUAUACCACUUAUAACGUGAUAUAACCUAACCGUAUCGCAGCAUCGACUGUGCUAUUGGCUCGCCUGACCUCUUGAUAAAAAGUUCUGCCGGAUGGAUUUCAGGCAGCUUUCGCCUUCGCUCCUUCCUUCCUUUCACGCUUCGUGUAAAAAAUAAGACAAAUAACGUAGCUCAUAACGUAGCAGUAACUCCCCUACAGCCGAGGACGUAAGUGAUGGCACUUCAAAUCUGAAACGCCCUUCUCGUAACGUAUACAGCAGCAGCUAGGUGGCCGGACUCGCGCAUCGCUAGGUAUUCUGACGCCAGAAUUGCGCAAGACCGAUGACCUUUUUUAUUUUGAAUUAGUUUUGUUAAUUUAGAUUAUAAUUAUCCCAAUGAACCUAUGGCGCAAUGCAUGCUUCGCAUCAAUCGUAGUGUACUAAACUUUAUCUAAGUGAAGUUCGCCGCUAGUCAUAACUUUUGCCUCGGGACCACGAAGAACUCUAGAGAGAAGGUGUAUAUCGUAGAUGCAAAAUCAAUCAAUGGAACAAAAAUUACGUCAGGAGGCCAUUGUCCACGGCUGUGUGACAUCGGAUGUGUUAGAUCGGAUCGAAUGUGUUAACACGGCUGUGUUAGAUCUCCGCGCGGCUGCGGAGGUGCGGCGAAUACAAACAAACGUUGGGCGAGCCAGGAUGGUUGGUGGCUUCGUGCGCGAAGUGCUGGAGAUGACGACGUCAUCUCACUGCUUCGGAUACUUGUUGAAGCGACAGGCAACGCGAACCGUUCGCUCACCUCGCGGUGUGCGCUGUUCGUCACCCCGCCGUCGUUAACGCAGAUCUAUAGCUGUCAUUGAAUGCCACUGACUGUGACGACCCCAGGAACGUCGCUAAACGCAGCAGAUAUAUAUAGCUGUUCAUAUUUGCUUGGGCGCGCGACACCACGCUCGAUAAUUUAAUUAGCUGGCGAAUAUUUACUGCAAUAUACGUGUAGCCGACAAAACUAGCAAUUCGCGUGUUUGUUGUCUGACACAUUGCUGCCAUUAUUCAUGCUCCCCUUUCUGGCGAAACUGCCGCAUUUGUUUUUAUAAUGACGCUGCAUUUUGCGACAGCAUCGCACGCUCAGUCCGAUGUCUAGAACGCACGCGUAAACAUUUCCCGCUCAUGACGCUUGAAUGAGCAUGGCUGUUAAGUAUACUUGACAUUUGAAUGCUGAUAUGAACGAGGCCGAGCAAACCACACGAAUAUAUAUAUAUAAGUAUAUAUGUUGACGCACGCAUACUAUUUGUCUGUUAGGUCAAGUGUCCAGUCGCGUACACCCAGUGCAUGAUGGUGCUGCAUAUUGUCGUCCUGCUAGUCUAUUCGGGCAAUCCUGUCUAAAUGGGGGAACGACGACGAAGUGUGCAUCUUGCACAGCGUUUUGUUUACCGGGUGACAGUUUUUGGUGAUUUUUCAUGUUCCUCGCGUAGCCAUCGGUAUUUUAUUUGGCUACACUGGAAGUAGACUGGCCUUCACACCCUCCAGGCAUGCCUCCGCCGUCGGCGGGCCCCUCGAGGAAACGGAACAGCGAACUCAGCGAUGCCGACAGUGAGUCCACCGAACUGUAUUCGGCAAACAGUGACGAUUCCGACGAUGAAUUCACGCCUGUUUACAGUCGUAAACCAAAACGACGAUCUAUGGGUGCUUCACCAGCUUCAAUCGCAUCUACUGUGAAGCCGAAGCAGGCUUCAAUGAACUACACCGUCUUAUUUGUGCCUGUUUCGCCAUCGGACAAUCUGAGACACUUGAAUCGGCAGACCAUCUCGAGGAAACUCGAGUCUCUGGCUCCAAACGAAAUCAAGGAUGUUCGAGUCAACCCCCGCAAGAAUGUCUUGGCUAUCGACGUUAUACACCAGGCAUCUCUGCUUGCUCUGACCAGGGUCACAGACUUCGACGGUAUCAAGGUUCGAGCUCACCUUCCACUUAACAAGGACAUGGUGGUAGGUGUAAUAUACGAUGUCGACAUCUCCAUUCCUUGUGGCGACCUUGCAAUGCUCAUCAAAGAAGUUAGUGACCAUAGCAACAUCGUCCAAGUCUCACGUCUGGGCAACUCGCGUUGCGUAAAGAUUGUCUUCAAAGGUGACAUAUUGCCAUCCCACGUGAAGGUGGGACAUUUUCGUCAUGUGGUCCGUCCGUUUACACCACGACCACUCCAGUGCCGUAAAUGUCAAAAAAUGGGCCAUGUCAGCGGAGUUUGCAGGAACGUGGCGAUUUGCCCCCGCUGUGCAGAGCCACACAAUGCGGAAUCCUGCCGAGCAACUGCCCUGAAGUGUACCAACUGCCAUGGAUCACACGAAGCCUCAUCAAGGGACUGUCCAUUAGUGAAAAAAGAAUGGAGUGUCAUGAAACAGAUGGUGCGGGACGGCUCGACGCACAAAGAGGCUGCUGACGUGGUGAGAAAUAGACAACGACGCUCGCGUCGGCGACGAAGGUCUAAAACUACUGCUACCCAAUAUGGACGGACAACGCGAUCUCCUACUCCGACAGAUCGUCAGACUUCUCUUAAGCGACAGCUACCACCACUGCCGCCACCACCACCGCCCAAUGCAUCACAAUUGGAGAGCCGGAAAGACGCAGAAGCUUUGAAAGCGGCGGCGGAUGUCGCGUGGCCCUCACUGCCACCACUGAGCACUCAUAAAGAGCCGAUGCAGAAUGCCCCACGGUCUGCUUCAUCGUCCACAGAUGACUGCCACGACAAGAACCUACAAGUACUCGCUGUGUUGAGGUCUCUCAUGACCACGAUGCGCACUCUCCUCAACGGAAUGACAACUCCGUCAGCUCAAUGCGCUCUGCAAGUUCUCGAUUCCUUGGAGCCAGUCCUUGCAAGCCUUUUUUAACAUCUCGCGGAGGAACUGAUGUUAAAUAUUUCUCCGUUGUGACUGUCUGUGUGUAUGCGGUGAACACUGACGUGUGUGCGCGUAUUACUUGUUCCCUCUUUCCUC